GGGCGGGGGAGACGCACUGCGCAGGCGCAGCUGCUCGGUUCCUCUCGUCCUGGCGCUCCGGCCCGCUCUCGCGGACAAGUCCCGACAUCGCGCGCCGCCCCCCCCCGGUACCGCCCCCUCCCCUUCUGCGUCUUCGAAGAUAAACAAUAGUUGGCCGGCGAGCGCCGAGUGUGUCUUUCGCCUCAGGGUUCGGCGGGCUGCGUGGGACCGGCGGGAUCCCGGUCAGCCGGCCAUGGCGGGGCUGUACUCGCUGGGAGUGAGCGUCUUCUCUGACCAGGGCGGGAGGAAGUACAUGGAGGACGUUACACAAAUUGUGGUGGAGCCCGAGCCGACGGCUGAAGAAAAGCCCUCGCCGCGGCGGUCGCUCUCGCAGCCGUCGCCUCCGCAGCUGUCACCGCCGGCUGCCGCCAGCGAAGUCCUGGGGAAAGGCCCCGCGGUGGCAGCCCGAGAAGCUCGCGAUCCGCCCCCGGACCCCGGGCCCUCGCUAACUCCCGGUCGCCGCUGCCCACGCCGUUCCUCGGUGGCGUUUUUCGCCGUGUGCGACGGGCACGGCGGGCGAGAGGCGGCACAGUUUGCCCGGGAGCACUUGUGGGGUUUCAUCAAGAAGCAGAAGGGGUUCACCUCGUCCGAGCCGGCGAAGGUUUGCGCUGCCAUCCGCAAAGGCUUUCUCGCUUGUCACCUCGCCAUGUGGAAGAAACUGGCAGAAUGGCCAAAGACUAUGACAGGUCUUCCCAGCAUAUGAGGAACAAAUGCUAGUGUGGUCAUCAUACGAGGCAUGAAGAUGUAUGUAGCUCACGUGGGUGACUCAGGGGUGGUUCUUGGAAUUCAGGAUGACCCGAAGGAUGAUUUUGUCCGAGCUGUGGAAGUGACACAGGACCAUAAGCCAGAACUUCCUAAGGAAAGAGAACGAAUCGAAGAACUUGGUGGGAGAUGUGAUGCUUCUGGCUUGGAAAUAAUGCUUGCUGCUUCUUCUCUCUGCCCCCUGCCCCCAGGUGAUUUGUGGAGCUAUGACUUCUUCAGUGGUGAGUUUGUGGUAUCACCUGAACCAGACACAAGUGUCCACACUCUUGACCCCCAGAAGCACAAGUAUAUUAUCUUGGGGAGUGAUGGACUUUGGAAUAUGAUUCCACCUCAGGAUGCCGUCUCAAUGUGCCAGGACCAAGAGGAGAAAAAAUAUUUGAUGGGUAAGCAUGUACAAUCUUGUGCCAAAAUGCUCGUGAAUCGAGCACUUGGCCGCUGGAGGCAGCGCAUGCUUCGAGCAGAUAACACCAGUGCCAUAGUAAUCUGCAUUUCUCCAGGAGUGGACAGUCAGGGAAAUUUCACCAAUGAAGAUGAGCUCUAUCUGAACCUGACUGAGAGCCCUUACUAUAAGAGUCAAGAAACCUGUGUGCUGACUCCUUCUCCAUGUUCUACACCACCAGUCAAGUUGCUGGAAGAGGACCCUUGGCCCCAGCUGAACUCUAAGGACCACGUACCUACCCUUGUUCAUAAUAAUGUCUUCUCAGAGAAUUAUUUAGAAGUCCCAGCUCAGAUAUCUCAAGGGUAUGUCCCGGCUGCAGUCAUACCCUCGAAAGAUCCACAGCCACUUGAAGAAAAUUGUGCUAAAGCCCUGACUUUAAGGAUACAUGAUUCUUUGAAGAAUAAUUUGUCAGUUGGCCUUGUGCCUACUAAUUCCACAAGCACCAUCAUGGACCAAAAAAAUUUAAAGAUGUCAACACCAGGUCAAAUGAAAGCCCAAGAAGUUGAAAGAACCCCCCCAGAAAACUUUAAAAGGACAUUAGAAGAAUCCAACUCUGGCCCUCUUAUGAAGAAGCAUAGACGAAAUGGUUUAAGUCGAAGUAGUGGUGCUCAGCCUGCAAGCCUCCCCACAGCCUCUCAGCGGAAGAACUCUGUUAAACUUUCUGUGCGACGCAGACUCCGAGGCCAGAAGAAAAUCGGAAAUCCUUUACUUCACCAGCACAGAAAAACUGUUUGUGUGUGCUGAAAUAUGUGUAGAAAAUGUUUUUCAUCCUCAAACUUAAGAUAUAAGAGGGCUUUUUGAGGUUGGUGCUGCAGAUGAACCUUUUUUAAGAGGACAAAAUAAAAAUAGUAUACAGUUUGACUUUUUUGGAGUUCAGCAGUUUUAUCCUGGCCUUGUACUUGCUUGUAUAAUAAAUGUGAAUUUUGUAGAUGUUAGGGUGUAAGUUGCUGUAAAAUGUGUGUAAAUUUAUAUACUUCAUACAAAUUCAAUCUCUUAACUCUGAUACACAGUAAAUGAAACAACAGGGCUAAAGGUUUUAAAAAAAUCAAAAGAAUCUAUUAGAUUUUAGAAGUACAUUUAAACUUUUAAAAAUGCUUAUUAAGAAAUUUGUAUGAGUCACUUGUGAUGAAAAUUCAGAACUUUUUAAAGUAAAUUAUUAAGCAAACUGGAAAAAUGAUGUAUUUUCAUAGUGACCUGUGUUCCACUUAAUGUUUCUUAGAGACAACUAGUGUCUUUUAAAAAUUAUUUUUUAUUUCUAAUUUCAUAAUUCAGAACUUAAUUUUUCAUAGAAGCAGAAGUAUUGAGCCAUGCUAAAGUAGCUGGGUAUUAGUCUAUUAGUCCUAAUUAAAAUACUAUGCAGUAUCUCUUAUUUCAGUAGCAUUUUUCUAAAACAUUAAUCAUCAGAUACAUUCAUCAAAUCUUUGGAGUAGAAGGAGGUGUUUGCCUAAGAACAUGCCCUUCUCAGUCAUCUCUGAUAUUCAGUGGCAUUAUUAGGUCUUAAAGUAGUUACGCUCUUCUAGUGUUUGCAAAGAAUAAGUUAAGUUUUUCUUGCAAUUACAAUAAUGGAUGGUGCUGCUAAUUCCCAACAUUUCUUAAAUUAUUUUAUAUAUCGUACAGUUUCAACUGAUUAUAUGGAUAUAUGUUCGUUCAUCUAAUAAAUCAGUAAACUGUUCCUGAAUGUUACUGGAUUUUUGUUGCUGGCUUGUUUAAUCAUACAUAUUAAUAUUCUUUUGUACCAUCAUCAUGCUUUAGAGGAACAGCAUACAUGUAAUGUUCCUUUUUGCACUCUUGACUUUUUAAUUUUAAUUUAGAGUACAUCAAAACAGGCUACAUAUCUAACAAUAAGAAUAUGGUUAAGUCCUUUAUGGCUUGUAAACAUUUGAUAAAACAUUAUGUAGUAAUCAAAACAAACAAAACUGUGUACUUUUGUAAAACAGAAAAAAACUAAAAGGAACUAAUACUGAAACACUAAGAGUAUGUCAUUUUGGUGUGGUAAAUUGUUCUACAAUAAAAUAUUUUGAAAAUUUAAUUUAGAACAAGACCUCUCAUUGAAGGGAUUGAAGAGUUAAUUCAUGCAUUCAACAUUGUGCAACUACGGUAUGCUAAGAGAUGCACAAUUGGAAGUAUACCAGUUUUCCAUAAGUGGAUUCAUUGAUAACCAGUGAUCCAGGUAAAAUGUUAGUUGUGGCUAGUUUUUAAAAAGGAUUUUUGGAACCUGAAGUGUUUGUUUUUCAGGUCUUUCCAAGAGAGAGAUAUGGCAGCUAGCAGACACUUUCUUAUGUUGGAGUCAAUUUAUCUUGAAGGAUUUUCUGUCUUUUAUACCUAUAUUGUCUUAGCUGCAUAAACUAGAAAUUCAACAAAUCUGAAUGUAUAUUAAAAGAAAAAAUCCACUAAGCUGCUUUCACCUUUUUUUGCCAGUGGUUUUAAAUAAAAUAAUCUAGUCCUUAACAUGAAAUUAAAGUUUCUGUUUAUGAUUACAGUAAUGGAUUAUAUAAUCUUUAUUUUUCAAAUCAGUUUUUAAAAAUGUCAUAGCAUUAAUUCUUUCCUAGAUCACAUUUCUAGUGAAAUAGAGUCCAAUUCCAUAUUGUAGUAGUGGCUAUCUAAUUCAGGAGAUGUUUUUGUUUGAACACGUAACUGCAAAUGCCAAAAUUAGUCUUUUCUGUAUGUGUUCCUAGGGCUGCAUUUAGGCCAAUACUUUAAGGAGUUAAAGAUGUUGUGUAAUCGCAAAUAAUGUUUCUAUUUUUAUUAAUUUAAAUUUUAUUUACCUGUGUGACAUAUAAAUCAGUAGUAUAAAGGAAAAUUCAUCAUGUAUAAAAUGGUACAUAAUGAACACCCACCUCAGUUCCCAAAGCAGCCAACAUUUCCCCCUUUUUUUGAAUGUGAUCUUUCAGUGAUAAUCUAUGCAUAGACAUGCAACUAUACAUGUUUAUCUUUUAAUCAUAUCUUGUUGAUUUUUCUGUAUCAUAUCACAGAGCCUUUUCAAUCUCUAAUAUUCUAGUGUAUGGAUAUAAGUUAUUUAACUGCUUAACCAUGUCCAGUAAAAGGAAAACAGUUUUUUGCUUUCUUCACACUUAAACUGCUAAUGACACCAGAUGUGUGGGUUUUCUGCACCAAGCAAUUCUCCAAUUUUUAUGUAGACACCAACUCAAUGUUUUAUAUUUUAAUUUUAGUUCAGUUCUGACAUUACUUGAAGUAAUCAGACCCCAUAAUUUAAGGGCUCAGUCUCACAAGAUUGUCCCCACUUCAGACCCCAAAAGCAAGUCCAAGUUGUCACAUAUACUUCUGACCGACUGGCUGUAAAUCAGAGUGCCCAUAACCCCUCCUCAAGUUUGAGUUUGUUAGAAAAGCUCAAAGAAUUCAGAGAAGCAUGUUUACUGGUUUAUUAUAUAAUAAAAGAUAUAGGUGAAUAGCUAGAUGAGAAACAUUGGGCAAGGUCCAGAAAAGUCCCAAGAGCAAGAGUAUCUGUCCCCAUGAGUCUGGGGUGUACCACCCUCUUGAUACUUGUUCAGCAACCUGAAGCUCUCCAAGCACCAUAGUUGAGGGAAUUUUAUAGAAGCUUCAUCAUGUAGGCAUGAUCAAUUAUCCUAAUCACCAGGCUUUUCCUGUCCCAGUAGGAAGGUGUGGGGGGUGAGGCUGAAAUUUUCAAGCUUCUAAUUAUGGUUUGUACUGUCUGCUCACCAGCCCAAUCCUGAAAUUACCCAGGAGCCACCAAGAGUUGCCUCAUUAAAAUGAAGAUGCUCCUACCAGGAAAUUCCAAAAGAUUUAGGAGCUCUGUCAGGAGCAGGUGUCAAUGACCAAAGACAAAAGAUGCUUUUAACACAUUUUAUCACUUUUAGUUGCAAAGGUUUUAGGAGCUCUAGCCAGGAGCCUGGGACACAGACCAAAAUAAGUAUUUCUUAACUAUAUCACAAUAUCAUUUCCACAAUGGUUCUUUCCAAUAUUUUGUAGAACAGGCAAUUUUCUCUUAUGCUUCAAACAUUAAAAAAUAAAAUAUGUAUCAAUUAUAAAUGGCUGUAUAUUAAGACCUCAAAAUUUAGCAGCUUAAAGCAAAACAUUGCCACAGUUUCUAAGUGUCAGGAAUGUGGGAAUGACUUAGGUUACAGUCUCAUGUGGUUGCAGUCAAGAUAAUCAGGGCAAAAUCAUAAUUUUUCCCCUAAAUAUACUAUGUUACUAAGAAAAAUUGAAAUUUUAAAUUGUGAUCUUUGAGGCAAAAUAUUUUGGCAGUAUGAAUGGUUGCAUUAUGGUUACGAUAUACAUAUUUUUAUAGUCUACUUAAAAUCAAUUUCUACCCACUUAAAAGUGGACUGUAGAAAACUACUGUACCAUCCUCCGUAACAAACUAUACUUGUCAUGUUACACUGAAAACCUGAUCAGGCAAUGCUAUAAAUUUUGCUAUCAAAAGUCAAACAUUUUAUAGAGCUUACGUGGAGAACAAUUUAUGAUAUACAUCCAGAUAUUUACCAUUGCUAUUGCUGUUUCUUCAUUCCUGACACUCUGUUUCCUUUUAGUAUUCUUUUCUUUUAGCCCUUUAAAAAAUAUGCCACUUCUCUGGCCACCAUGGUUUUUGAUGAAAAAUCUGUGGUCAUUCAAAUUGAUCCCCUGUAGGUAGUGCAUAGUUUUUCUCUGGCAACUUUCAAGAUUUUUUCUUUGUGUUUAGUUACCAGCAGUAUGGUUAUGGUGUGUCCUGUGUGCAUAUGGAUUUCUUUGAGGUUUCCUGCGUAGGAUUUGCUGAUAAUCUUGAAUCUGUAGGUUUAUGUCCUUCACCAAACUUAGGUUUUCAGCCAUUAUUUCUUAAAAUAUUUUUUCCAGGACCACAUUCUUUUUUAUUUCUUUUUAACUUCUUUUUACCUCUUGUUAGAGCUUGUAUAUUUUUGAGCUCCAAAAUUUUCAUUUGGGUCUUCUUUUCAUUGAGAUUUUCCUAUUUUUUCGUUCUUGUCAAAAGUGUUCAUAAUUACUUGCAGGAACAGUUUUAUAAUUUUGUUUUAAAGUAUUUGUCAGAUUAUCUGUGUCAUUUAGGUAUCAGCAUCUGUUGACUUGUUUUUUCCAUGUGAAUGAAGAUUUUCCUGGUUCUUCAUAUAGCAUGUAAUUUUGGAUUAUAUGCUAGACAUUUGAAUAUUGUUAUGACACUCUGGAUCCUGUUCAGCUUUAACGGAGAAUAUUGAUAUCUUUGUUUUAAUAGACAGUCAAUAUGGUUAAUUCAUGCUACAUGUUCCAACCCACCUUCUGUCAUCUGUGGUUCUGAUGUCAGUUCAUUUUCCAAAGCCUCUGCAACAUGCAAUUUGACCUGUCCCUGGUUUGCAUCACCCAGUGGCUAGUUGGAGACCUGGGCAGUGAUCUAUCUGCCAGUUAAGUUCUCAGUCUUCGAUAUGCUGAUCAGGUCCAGAUUCAUGCCUAAUGUACUCUAUGGGGUCACUUUCCUGAGCUCCUUCCUCUCUACAAUCUCCAUACUACCUUUCCCUUCCCUGGGGGUCCCCUUUUCAGUUCUCUGGGAAGAAAGCUGGGGCUUUAGAAAACAUGCACUUUGACCAUUAUUCCUGCAUUUGGGACUAAAUGGCUCAACAGGUUUGUGUCUUGGUUGUUAUCUGUGAAAUGUAGAUAAUAAUACUACAAUGACUGGCAUGUAGAGCUAAACAAAUGUUAUCUAAUUUUAUUUUAUUAAAAUUUUAGCUUCUUAAAACUGUUACUAUAGAUUUAGUUUCUCAGAUUUUUAAGAAUCUUUAUUUAGGGUUAUAUGUGUAUAUAGAAGUUGAAUUAUGCCCUGGGCAUCAUUAAAAAAAGUUGAUGAAA